GCAUCGCAAUUCAGUUCGAUUUGAUCAUGUUGAGCGAAGAGCAGUUGAGUUUCUACUCGAAAAAUGGGUAUCUGAUGCUGGAUUCAGUGUAUACAUCGGAGGAGAUUGAAGAGUGCAGCUUGGAAUACAAUAAAUUAUUCCAAGCCAAACAAAAUACCAGCAAAUUAGAAGCGACGUGGAAAGGUGACUGGACGCCAUCAUCAUCUUCAGACGCUCUAAAAGUAUUAUCAAUUCACAAUUUGCAAUGUCAUGGUGCAGUCUUUACGCGAAUGCUACUGAAUCAACGUUUGGUAGAUGCUGUAUCUGAAUUGAUAGGCAGUCCUAAUGUUCUGCUACAUCAUACUAAGGCUCACAUCAAGCCUCCAGGUGUAGGCGCACCAUUUCCUACCCACCAGGACUACCACUACUUCCCAUUCAAAAACGAUUCCAUGGUGGCCGUAUUUAUUCACUUAGACGACAGUGACGUCGAAAACGGUGGAUUGGCUGUCUUUCCCGGAUCGCAUAAACUCGGUCCUCAGGACAAUGCUUCUAAUGUUCCGACCCAUUUCUACGUAUCGCAAACGAAAUUUCCUUUAGAUGAGGCAACGCCCAUAAUUGCCAAGAAAGGGCAGGUGGUCAUUUUCUCGUACCUGUUGGUUCAUGGAAGCUAUCAAAAUACUUCGGAUCGUAUCAGGCGAAUGCUUCUCUUUCAGAUGAUGUCAGCAGAGGAUGAACCAUUGGAAAAGGUACAUUUGUCUCCGUGUCAUGGAAUGGUUCUGCGUGGAGUUAACGUUAAACAUAAUGCAGACAUUGACAAGCGUCAUCAAUCUUAAAUUAGGGGUAAUGAAAGACA